CCAAAUGGAAGCAAACCUUCAUAUUUCCAGUCAUUGGCGCAAACAUACCUCAAAGUCUGUUCAAUAACGUUUUGGAGAAACGUGUUGUUCAGAACUAAUCGUUCUGCAACGAUUGAACGCACCUCUGAUAUAGGGUCGUGUGGGCGCUAUACAUAUUGGUGAUGGAUUCUUUUAUUGGGGGUGAGACGCUUUGCAGAUGAUCAAGAUCUUUACAAAGUUGCAACCAGGCAAUUUAUUUUGCACCCAUGAGUGGGGUCCUUCAUACAAGCAUGUUUAUUGUUUACCUACACGUCAUCCGGAAGUGAGUGUCAAAGAUGAUGAGACUGGAUUCACAGGAGGCAGAUGCUCCACUCUUUGGUGACGAUGAUGAUGCCCCCACCGCCACCAGACAGAAGAAAUCAGAAAUCAAGCAUCCCCUGGCCACGUUCUUCCAUCUCUUCUUCCGCACCAGUGCCAUCUUAGUCUACCUACUGUGUGAAAUCCUGAGCAGUAGUUUCAUCGUCUGUAUGGUCACCAUCAUCCUCCUCCUUUCAUGUGACUUCUGGACAGUCAAGAAUGUGUCUGGCAGGUUGAUGGUGGGCCUCAGGUGGUGGAACCAGGUGGAUGAGGAUGGACAGAGCCACUGGGUGUUUGAGUCCAGACCAGCAACCAGUAGAAAAGUUCCAACCAACUCUGAAUCACAGAUCUUCUGGCUGGGUCUGGUUGUGUGUCCAGUCCUCUGGGUCAUCUUUGUGUUCAGUACUCUCUUCUCCUUCAAGUUUAAGUGGCUGGCAGUGGUGAUCAUGGGUGUGGCAUUGCAGUGGGCCAACCUGUAUGGAUAUGUGCGAUGCAAAGUAGGCGGGAAGACCAACUUGAGGAGCAUGGCAACCAACUACCUUGGCAGCCAGUUCUUCAAACAGGCAAUGGCCAAACAGGGACCUUAGAGGUGGAUGUGCAGAGAGAAGAAACAUUAGCAUUUCUGCUAAUGUAAUAUUUUAUGUUAUCAAGAGGAUCUUGCCUUGCUUUAACUGAGGCAUAGGCUACUGUUAUUUUUCUUAAUUCCUGUUGAACAGGUGGAAGGCAUCUCUCUUCUGAGGGCAAGGGGUUGUUUCCCACAGAGUCCUACAAACGAUGUAGUAUAAAACUAAGAGACUACUAGGCUUCUUUGUAUGUUUGAUUCAUUUGUUUUCCUGCUAAAUAUUCAAAAUACAACCUUGUUAAUGAUAACUGCUGAUUGUAAUAUAAGACAUUUGUAAAUAUUAUAUUGACAUAAAAUGUCUGGGUGAAUGAAUAAAAACAAAAGUGUGUGAGUCAA